UAUCUCGUUGUGAUUAUUCUGAAGUGUGACCAAAGCUUCCGCACAUUUUCAAUCAUAUGGUGCCCUCUAUAUAUUAUUAAAUUAGCCAGCACACCGGCUGCAUUCUGCCAACAAUGAGUUUAUUUAUAAACCUGGUGCUGCUGGUCCUCGCCUUCGGUCUGACUGAGGCCCAGACGUCGAGACGCGAGGAGGCGCCCAUAGCCGAGUGUCCUGGCCUCAGUGUGCCACAAGUGCGAGCCGAGGCGUCCGACUUCGAAAUCGCGAUGAUUUUCCACUACGUGUCCUGGUCGAGCGAGGCCAAGCAGGCCAAGAGGCUCUACAACGGACUGGCGCACUACUACCACGAGUACGCGUUCUUCGGGGCCGUCGACUGCUGGCACUUUCAGUGCAACUGCAGCAGCACCCACGUGCCAAAUCCUGGAGUGGUUGGCGCUGGCGGCUAUCCGGACAAGUGGCCCACACUGAUAGUGCGCUACAACCAGCGGCACAUUCUGCAGUACUCUGGAGACUGGAACUUUGAGGAUCUCGCACGCUUCAUGAACUAUCUGAUCGAGCCUGUGGAUCGGGUGCACACCAGCCUCGAGCUGGCAGGACUCAGGAAGCACUCGGAUGCCGUUGUGCUGGCGCUCCUCGACUCUGCAGACAGUCUGGCAUACAAGCGCUACAUGGCGGCAGCUGUCUGCUGGCUGGAGUUCGAUCCCGAGCGGAACAUACGCUUCGCCCUGAACUUUGGAAAGAGUGCAAAGAGCAUGCUGAAAGGGGAGGACGUCACACUGCCGCAGCUGGUGGUCAUUGACAGCCGCAAUGGUGUGCACACGUUCAACACAUCGUCGAGCGACUGGCGAGCUCUGAACAUCGUUCGUUGGGUGCGUCACACCCUCAAGAGUCUGGCGUUCUUCUCGAAUGGCUAUGGAACGCCAACGACAAUCGCCUUGAAGGCGCGCUACAUGCCCGUGCUGGCCAUGGGCGUAAAGAUGCCACACAGCCAUCAGACUGCGAGCGCCAUGCCGCUGGUAAUGGUCAAGGAAAUGGCAAGCGCGCUGAAAAAGCAAACGGACAGCUGUGAUUCCUACUGGACGAAUGACGAAAGCCAUGCCAAGAAGGAGUCAUAUUCGCUGCUGCAAAUGCCAGCGGAACUUUAUGCAGAAACACCUCAGCAGGCAGAGACCUGCCCUAGCGCCUGGCAGCUGAAUGCAGCGACGCUGGCCAACUAUUACAGCAUCAACAAGUACCUCAAUCAUCUCUGGCGCACGUACACCCACCAGCACCACCUGCAAGUGUCCGUAGGCAAGGGCACGGACUCCCAUCAACUGCUGGCGCUACACCGACGCAACCUGUGCCUCGCACACUCCAACCAUGGCACGCCGGCCAUGAAGAUUGGCAUCGCCAAUAUGGUGACCAAGUACAGCCAACUCAUCUGGCAACAUUCCGGGGAGGACUUCCCCAAGAAUCGAUCGCUGGGCGUUGUGAUCUUCGAUUCCAUUAAGUACGCCGACUACCUCCAGCAGCUGGGCAUACAGCAGCAUCAGCACCACCAUCCACACGAGCGAGACGCCUCCGCGGUGCAGGUCUUCAUACUGGACAUGGCCGAGGAGGCGCUGCAUGUCAUGUCGCAGGAUCAUCCCUUCUCGUAUGUGGCGCUCAAGGACUUUAUACGGCAGUUCUAUGCCAAAACACUGCCGAAGGUGUACAGGAAUGCGCAGCCACCGCCGGACACGGCCUUCCAUCGGUACUUCAACCGCCAAAUGAUGCUGCAGGCGCUUCAGCGGCCAAACGCGACGAAUGUGGUGUUCAUGUAUCGUCCGGACUGCGCUCUGUCCGCUGUACUAUCGCAGGCAUUCCUACAGGUGUCGGCGCUGCUCGCCAGUCCCAGCGUUAACUUCAUUCGCUUUGACAGUCAGGCCAACGAUCUGCCGUGGGAGUUCUCGAUGCCGCUCUGCCCCACGCUGCUUGUCUUUCCGCAGGCCCGUCCCACCGAAUCUGUUGUGUUUCCCAGCAAUGUCCGGAUAGAUGUGAAGAACGUGUUUGCCUUUGUCAUCGCCCAGCUGGAGCCGGAGCAGCAGCUGCGGUCGGUGCUGGCCAGCUGCCGGCGAAGGAUGAAGCAUGUCCGCAGCUGCCUGGACUUUGCCCGCAGCCUGGUGCUCAAGCACGUGGGCCAGUAUCUGAAAUACUGGGAGAUCUACGAGCACGAGCGUGACCAGAUACUCGAGCAUCUCAAGGAGUUCAACGAGCUGCACAUAGCCAUAGAUCGUAGCAUAAGGUUAUAGCAUAGUCCAACCUCCUAAACUCCGUAGGCCAUUUGUUACUUAAGCUAAGUAGUGCUCCUAUCAGACUGUGGUUUCUAAACUGUAUAGCCAAACCAAGUUUUUAGUUAAGUAUUAAACACUCAUAGCUAUAAGAUAAUAACGCAAUAAUAAUAAUAAUUU